CCUCCUAAAAAGAAAAUGCAGAAACCAGGACGGAAGGGUACUCUUACAGAGAAACCUAUCAUACCUGCAGAGCCCACUGAACCCGUACUCUGCGGCAGCAUGGCCAUUGGGGCUGUGUCAUUAGCUGUUGCCAAAACCAGUGCCAGACUUAACAGUAUUCCUCUGUACUUAAACAUCGCGUUGAUGAAGCACAAUCAGGAACAUCCAGAGAGGCUAACUAUGCCUUUGCUGAUGGGAUCGCUGGCCAGCUGUGGGAAGUCAUCACCUGGGAAGCUAAAUUUAAUGAAAGAAGUGAUUUGCAUACCCCAUCCCGGAUUAACAACCAAACAAGGUGUGGAGAUGCUUCUGGAAAUUCAGAAACAAAUUAGCAAAACAAUGGAACUGCUCCCACCUCCAAAAGCAGAGACCAAAAAAGGGUAUAAUGGAAGCAAAAGAGGUUCAGCACCAGUCACUGGCAAGAUGUCCCAUCUUGGCUGUUUAACCAUUAACUACGACACCAUAGAACAGCCGCUGCUUCUAAUACAGGGCAUCUGUACAAACCUGGGACUGGAGCUGGGGACAAAUCUGCAUCUAGCCAUCAACUGUGCUGCUCAUGAGUUGAUGGACUACAGUAAGGGCAAGUACGAAGUGAUGGUGGGCACCUAUAAAGCUGCAGCUGAGAUGGUUGACCUGUACGUGGAUCUGAUCAACAAGUACCCUUCCAUUAUUGCACUAAUUGAUCCUUUCAGGAAGGAGGACUCUGAACAGUGGGACAGCAUCCAUAAUGCUGUCAGUUCCAGGUGCUACAUAAUUGCAGGAGCUGCAUCCAAAAGCAUUUCUAAACUUCUUGAGCAAGGAAACAUCAGCACCCCCAAAUCCCAUGGGCUCAUCAUGAAGCACACAAAUCAAACGACAGUAUCUGACCUGGUGGAAAUAACCAAUCUUAUUGACAGUGAGUAACACUUGUAG